UCCAACCUUAGCUCAGUCUCAGUGUGUCAGGGAGCUGCAUCCCACAUCAUCCUAUAUUUGGGGUCUGGUAACACAGGGCUAGCUGGAGCUCUUGCCUUGCUAGUAGGAUUUUUGCACAAGCCCUGUGCAGCUUCCCCCCUCCCCUCCCUGUAGGUCCUCUGGCAACCAGGACCUGGCACCAUGGUCAGCCUGCAGCUCUCUGUGAUCCUACAGCUCAUCUGCUUGUCUCUGGCACAGUUUAGAGGUCCUCCGGGUCCACCAGGGCCUCCCGGUCCAGCAGGCACACCAGGUAUCCCAGGAUCAGAUGGCAUAGAUGGUGACAGAGGGCCUCCAGGAAUUGGUCCUGCGGGCGCAAAAGGAGAACCAGGACCUCCUGGACCUGAUGGUCCUAACGGUGAAUCUGGAAUUGAUGGAUUAAUAGGAGCCAAGGGGGAUCCUGGACCUCCAGGACGACCAGGUGCCAAAGGUCAGCUGGGGCUGUCAGGGCCUCCAGGAAAGCCAGGUCCUGGUGUUGCUGGACUUCCUGGAAACGCAGGACCAGUUGGACUUCCUGGAGAAAUUGGUGCCACAGGAUCAAAGGGUGAGAAAGGACCUGUUGGGCCCUCUGGACCACCAGGACCACCUGGAAAACCUGGCCCCUCUGGGAACAUCCAAGGACUAGAAGGCAGUGCUGACUUUUUGUGUCCAACAAACUGUCCAGCUGGCCCUAAAGGACCCCAAGGACUGCAGGGAGUAAAGGGCCAUAAAGGGCGUCCAGGUCCCCUUGGUGAGCCAGGACCACAAGGAAAAACUGGCACAAAGGGAGAUGUGGGCAUUUCAGGGGAACAAGGAAUUCCAGGACCUCCGGGCCCUCAGGGAGUCCGUGGUUACCCAGGGAUCGCUGGACCCAAAGGCGAAACUGGACCAACAGGAUAUAAAGGGAUGAUUGGAUCAGUUGGUGCAGCCGGGAAACCUGGUGAGGAGGGGCCAAAGGGGCCCCCAGGAGAGCCGGGAGAGAAAGGAGAUAAGGGGUCCCGAGGUGUCAUUGGACAAAUGGGAGCAAUGGGUCCUAAGGGAAACCAUGGUCUCCCUGGCAUUGAUGGCAAAGAUGGAACUCCUGGUGUUAACGGAGUAAAGGGUAGCACUGGGCAAAAUGGCAUCCCUGGUUCACCUGGUCAUCAAGGCUUAGCUGGGUUACCUGGACAACCAGGCACCAAAGGAGGUUUUGGUCAAAAGGGUGAACCAGGUUCACGUGGAGAGCCAGGGUUCGCUGGAGCUCCAGGAAAACUGGGAGAAAGGGGUCCACCAGGAGAAGUUGGCCCCAGGGGUAUUGUAGGUAUAAAAGGGGAUCGUGGUGAAAGAGGACAGGUUGGACCAGGUGGUGUUGAAGGAAAAGCGGGAGUAAAGGGUGAGCAAGGACCUCCUGGAAUACCAGGACCACAGGGUAUUACUGGAGUAAAAGGAGACAAGGGUUUCCUAGGAAAGAUUGGAGGAAAGGGUGACGUGGGGGACCCGGGAGUUGAAGGUUUGGCUGGAGAGAAAGGAGAAAAGGGGGAUUCUGGUGAGCCAGGUCCUAAAGGCCAGCAAGGUGUAUAUGGAGAACUGGGCUACACAGGACCAACCGGAGAUCCUGGCCAGCCUGGAGUACAAGGACUAGCAGGACUACCUGGACCAAGAGGUCAUAACGGAGAGAGGGGAGUCCCUGGAAUGCCAGGACGACCAGGAAAUCCAGGCAGAGAUGCUGGAGAUCAACACAUUAUUGAUGUGGUUCUAAAAAUGUUGCAAGAGCAACUAGCAGAGGUGGCUGUCAGCGCUAAGAGAGCUGCCCUAGGAGGAGCUGGCGUUGUGGGACCACCUGGACCCCCAGGACCACCAGGACCUCCUGGAGAGCAAGGACCCCAUGGACAUCAUGGACCACGUGGCAUCCCUGGAAUUAUUGGAGUGAUGGGUCAAAUUGGAAACACAGGACCCAAAGGAAGACGAGGAGAAAAGGGAGACCGUGGCGACACAGGACGUGGCCACCAGGGUAUGCCUGGACCCCAUGGUAUUCCAGGUUUCCCUGGUAUACCUGGUCACGCCAUUAAUGGAAAAGAUGGAGAAAGAGGUCCAGAGGGAACAGCAGGAGAGGCUGGCAGACCUGGGUUGCCUGGUCACGCAGGUCUCCCCGGAUUUUGUGAGGCAGCAGCAUGUUUGGCAGCAUCUGCAUAUGCUCCAGCUUCUCUGACUGAGCCCGGUGUCGUCAAAGGUUAAAAAUCCCACUCACCCUAUAAAAUACUUCUAGGACAAAAAGACUGAAUUAUGAAAAAUAACAUCAAAAGGAACCUAUUCCUUGCUAUAAGGGCCCACACCCCAAGUACACCAUUCUAAGGGUCCUUCUGAUGCAAGGGAAGUUAUUGGGAAUUAUAUAACCAUCAACUUUGGCAUGGCCAAUGGAGGAACAAAAUAGAAAUGUUCUUACACUCAGAAAAGCCAUCAUAAAUUGUCGGCAAUGUGCAAUCAACCACUUUCCUCCUAAACACUGACCUCAGCACCAUCCUUUCUUAUAUACUUAAUUUUGGAAAAUUCACCUGAUUGCCCUGGAAGAAUAUAUUGUCCAAAAGUCAGAACCCAUGUCUGACAUGUGAAGCAAUACUCUACUCAGUUAUAUUAUAGAUUGCCAAAAUAUCUACAUAAAGUCCUGGAACUGUCAAGGAAGACCUGAAAGAUAGUGUUAUUUGGGCCUGGGUGACUAAGCUACAGGCCUAAAAUAUUGACUGUUGUUGGGUCAAUCUUGCCUUUUGUAAAUGCAGGUUUGGGCUCACAUAGAGUAAUAAAGAUCUGUCCUACGAUGCAUUAUGAUUCCAGAUACUUUCUAUCAUAUCUUGGCAUCUGGAUAACCAUAAUUACUAUGCAAUAUUUGUUGUUGGUGAUGACCUUUGUAACAAUCAUUGACAGUGCUAACACAUACAGGACAUAUGCCUUAAAUUAUUGUAAAAGCCAUCGACCAAGGUUUAAAGCUCAUUUUAAGGGACCCACAAUCUUUAAAAAAGAUGACAAUAGAUAUACUUGUUUGCAUUUUGCACAGAUCCUGAACAAACUAACAUGUUUUUAUAUUAUCAAUAUAAAGAGCAGAACCCACAGCAACCAGACACAAUUCAAUUUUCAUUUGUUCAAGUACAAAAAAACGUUUAACGCCAAUUUCUGAUUAGUUGCUACAUGUUAUUAUGCAUCACUGCUAUUUGUACUACAUUUUCUAAUACAAUAAUUGAUGAGCAUAAUGUGUCAUCAGUAUUAUUAGAAUUUAGAACAACAUGACAAAGAGUUUUUAUCCUUCUACAAGUAAUUAGAAAUUUACAUUUUCCUAGUGCAGGUUUGAAAAUGAAACCAAUACUUGUCUGAUUGGUGGAUAUAAAUGUAAUUAUUCUUCGUUUUCAUGCACUCUGUCUUUAGCAGAGGAUGCUUUGUAUAUAUGCCAAAAUGUGAAUCAAAAAAUACAUACCGGUACCUGA